AUGGACUCGGAUCCAGCACUCAGCGACCUGGCGGACGGCCCGAUGGGUUCCCAACCGAUGUCCGAGCAGCUGGACUCGCAUUCGCAGGCCUCGACCCGCGACUCCAUCUCCAGCUUUAGCAGCACCCCCGCCCGCUCCCUCGGCGCCAGCAAGAAAGCUGUCACCCCGAUACCCGCCAACCUCCUCCCGUCCGCGCCCGCCUCACCCCCAACCCCAGCGCCUAGUCCCACGCCGCAUCAGCGUCCACCCAACUGGCAUUCAUCUGAUGAGGAGGAAAAUACGUUCCUGCUGAACUUGCGCAUCCACUUUAGUACCCUAUCCAACGCCCGCAAGCAGAAACUCCUCGAGGGUCUUCUCGAUGUAUGCGACAAUCAGCAGUUGAGCUUCGUUUCUAGUUAUGUGGGGCCCCGUUUACGAAAGGAUCCGUUUCAAGUUUGUCCGAAUGAGUUGUGUUUGAGGAUUCUGUCCUUCAUUGAUGAUCCGAAGACUCUCGCCCGAGCAUCGCAAGUUUCAAGACGCUGGCGCGAACUGCUCAACGACGACAUCACCUGGAAGAACCUCUGCGAAAAACAUGCCUACUCGGUGCGGCGCAUCUCAGAGGACGACGAUCUUGACCCGUUCACCGCUCGUUCCGUCGAGUCGGACCCCUGCUCAACUCCUAGCUCGCGCGAUUCAACUAACCUUCAGCGACGGCUCACUGCGUCCACUGAGUUAACUGCUGUUGAAAGCGCCCCUGGAUUACCCCGCACGCUCUCAGGAGAAUGGUUGCCGCCGACCAGCUUCCCAUCCCGCCGACGUCGUACCCGACCAGUCUCAUACCGCUCGCAGUUUAAACAAAAGUAUAUGGUGGAGUCUGCCUGGAACAAAGGUGGCAGGUGCACACAGCGCCAUAUCACCCCGGACCAGGGGGUGGUGACCAGCCUGCACCUAACGUCGAAAUAUAUCGUAGUUGCCCUAGACAAUGCCAAGAUCCAUGUAUACGACACCAACGGCGACAACCAAAAGACACUCCAGGGGCACGUGAUGGGAGUAUGGGCCAUGGUUCCUUGGGAUGACAUUUUGGUCAGCGGAGGUUGCGAUCGAGAAGUGCGGGUCUGGAACAUGGCAACAGGAUCUGGGAUCCAUUUACUACGCGGUCACACCUCCACGGUCCGAUGUCUCAAAAUGUCGGAUCGGAAUACCGCCAUCUCGGGUUCUCGGGAUACCACACUCCGCAUCUGGGAUUUAACAACAGGGACAUGUCGGAAUGUGCUGGUUGGGCAUCAGGCCAGCGUGCGCUGUUUGGCCAUUCAUGGUGACCUGGUGGUCUCCGGCAGUUACGAUACGACCGCCCGGAUAUGGAGCAUUUCGCAAGGUCGCUGUCUGCGAACCCUGUCUGGCCAUUUCAGCCAGAUCUACGCCAUCGCUUUUGACGGGCGGCGCAUUGCCACUGGCAGUUUGGAUACGAGCGUCCGCAUCUGGGAUCCACAUUCUGGCCAGUGCCAUGCAAUUUUACAAGGCCACACGUCCCUGGUUGGACAACUCCAGAUGCGCGGCGAUACGUUGGUUACGGGUGGCUCGGACGGUUCGGUCCGCGUAUGGUCCCUCACGAAAAUGGCGCCCAUUCAUCGGCUGGCUGCCCAUGACAAUAGUGUGACUAGCCUACAGUUUGAUAAUACCCGCAUCGUCAGCGGCGGUAGUGACGGUCGUGUUAAGGUGUGGAAUUUGCAGACUGGCCAGCUUCUCCGUGAACUGUCAAGCCCCGCAGAGGCAGUUUGGCGAGUGGCUUUCGAAGAAGAAAAAGCUGUUAUCAUGGCUAGCCGGUCCGGCCGCACUGUCAUGGAAGUAUGUCUAGAUCUUACCAUCCUGUCACUUUUCAUUUUGCUAACCCUGCUUCGUCAGGUCUGGUCAUUCUCUCCACCGCCAGAAGACACUGAAGGUGGCCCUGUUGCUACCAUAGAAAGCGCCUCCAGCACACCAGGUUUGGGCUCUACGGAUAACAACGACCUGACCGUCACCCCACGGCGUCGUACUCUCUUCUCCGAUCCCCCACCGACAAUAUCCUCGGUCAGCGCUACCGACAGCGACCAACCCAUGCCGGACGCGCCCUCAUAA